AUGUCUCCAGAUACACAGCAUUUUUGUCUUCGUUGGAACAAUUAUCAAAGCAGCAUAACUUCCGCAUUCGAAAGUCUUCGAGAUCAAGAUGAUUUUGUUGAUGUUACGUUGGCCUGUGAUGGUAGAAGUCUUAAAGCUCAUAGGGUGGUACUCUCAGCCUGCAGUUCUUAUUUCAGGGAAUUACUCAAGAGCACACCGUGUAAACAUCCCGUUAUAGUUCUUCAAGAUGUGUCUUUUGCAGAUCUUAGUUCUUUAGUCGAAUUCAUUUAUCACGGAGAAGUAAAUGUACAUCAAAAAAAUUUAACUUCUUUUUUAAAGACUGCCGAAGUGCUAAGAGUGAGCGGAUUGACACAGCAGGCCGAAAGAGACGAACAGAUUUCAUCAUCGAGGGAUCGAAUUCAAGGGCCGUCUUCGCCGAACGAGGAUUCUUCGACGUGGAAUCCAAAUCGAGAUUCUCCCUGUUCCCAAAUUAGUGUCAACAAUCCGGCAACGGUAAAUCAAUUAUUGAAAGCAGCAGCAUUAGCAGCAAAUCGGCAUUCAAAAAGCAGAAGAAAAUCAGUUGAAAUAUCGGAUGAUUCGAGAACGACACCACCAAAAAAAACAAGAUUGGACGAAAGUCCACCAACGGCUCAUAAUAAUCGGGAAACGAGUGAAAAUUCAAACGGUCAAGAAAAUUGUCGUGAUAGAUCGAUAACACCCGAACAGGAUGUUCCGGCUGAUUUAUCAUCAUCAUCCGUCAAAGCGAAUACGAGAUCGAGAUCGCAGUCACCGAUCGGAACGCAAAGGUACAACAACGAUGUUAAAUCAGAGCCUCUAGAACUUCUUUGCAACAACAGAGAUUCAUCGACAAACAACGAAAACAGCGUGGAUUCGACAGGAAGUCGCGAUAAGGAUUCCGAUAACGAAGAUAGCAUCGGUUUACACGGAGUACACGAUUUAAUGAGAGAAAGAGUACCUCAUUAUUUAAAUCCGAACAAAUUAUUUCAAACUACCUCUCCAUUUAAUUUUAAUAUUGCUGCUUUUAAUGCCGAUCAAUUCACAGGUUUAGGACCGGUACUACCGAGAAAUUCAGAUGGCAUAGCCGGAACUUCCGCUCAAGGGCCGGUUUCUCUAUUGAAGAAAGUUUUUACAUGCGGAUUAUGCACAAAAGUUUUGUGCUCGAAAGCGAGUCUGAAACGUCACGUUGCGGACAAACAUUCCGCACGUCAGGAGGAAUAUCGAUGUCACAUAUGUGACCGCGUCUACUGCUCGAGGAACUCGCUAAUGACGCAUAUAUAUACCUACCACAAGACCAGGCCGGGAGACGUAGACAUUCCACCACCGUCCAGCGGAGGAAUAAACGAACCGCAAGAAUGUCCUUUCUGCAAGAGAAAUUUCAGUUGCUAUUAUUCGUUGAAAAGACAUUUCCAGGACAAACACGAAAGAUCGGACACGCUUUACGUCUGCGAAUUCUGCCAGAGAAAAUACAGGACGAAAAACUCAUUGACCACUCAUAAAAGUCUUCAACACAGGGGUACGGCGGGAAUGCUUAAAAGAUUAUUGAAAACGUCGAGCAUUAUCGGACAACAGCAACAACAACAACAACAACACCAACAACAGCAGCAACAACAACAACAACAACAACGUCAACCAUAG